GUAUUCGAAACUAAAAACUUACUUCAGACUUCAGUCGCGUGGGAAGCGCAACGCGAAUAGGACGUGUUGGGAGAUUUGUUGCACUUCUGAUCGCAUUGCAACUAAAUGUUUACGCGAACUUAAAAGUUACACUAAUGUUAUAUAAAAACUUUUAUUAUUAAAAAAUAAAUUAUAUGAUAUUAUUUCAGUGUAAUUAGUGAAUAUAAAUUUUGAAAAAAAUAAUGGACAAAAGCACAACGAACCCACCUUCUCCGUCAAAGACUAAGGUGAAGAAGGAAAAUGAAGAGGAGAUUAAGGAGUUUGCAGAGACAGCCAUGAACGAGCUACUAGGCUGGUACGGGUACGAGAGGUUAGAGUUACGGAGAUGGGCCGCAUCGAGAGCGAGGGAUAGCGGCAGUCCUGAACAGACUGAACAAAAAAAUAAAGCCGAAGAGUGCUCCUGGUGCAACAAGAGCAUCACGAGCGAGGGCGGAGCCCUACAGCAGGCAGGUGCCACCUUCUGUUCUGAGCUCUGCUUCAGUCAAUCACGUCGAGCUAACUUCAAGCGCGCCAAAACCUGUGACUGGUGCCGACAUGUGCGACACACCGUAGCUUACGUGGACUUUCAGGAUGGUGCCACACAGCUUCAGUUUUGCUCAGACAAAUGCCUCAAUCAGUAUAAAAUGCACAUCUUCUGCCGGGAGACACAAGCUCACCUUGAUCUCAACCCGCACCUGGUGAACGCUUCGUCAUCAUCAAACCUCAUCACUCCAGAACUAUGGCUAAAAAACUGCAAAAGCAGAUCCGUUUCACCAGCGUCAGAACGUUCAACCUCCCCAAACACAGAGAAAAAACAAAACGGAAAAGAUCCACUCCCAAACCAAAGAAUAUCACCCCUUCCAUUAAUAACAAUUGCACCACCAGCUAAGUUAAUGAAUAAACCAGUGGAAGAGAGGUGUAUACAAAAAUCACCCGAAGGGAAAAAAGAUACAAGAACUAAGAUGAAUUUGAGGAAGCGUAGGACGUCGAAAUGUUCAGCUACAGUGACGUCACAAACUGUCCGGCAACACAAUUCGACCCCCAAAGCGCAAGAUAUGAGGAUGUGCAGUCCAUCCAUCGAUGGAUCUUCUCCAUCGUCGUCUAUCACUGUAAACAAUAGUGCAAUACAUUCACCACCAAACACGAUGAACCAACAGAUACCACCCCCUUUCCAUAACCCUAUGUUUGGUAUGCCGCCACCUGUUUUCGUGGAUAAUAACAAUGGUCAUAUAAAUGAUCACAGACAUCCAAUGUUUAUGCCAAGACUUGGAUUUAUGCCACCGCCGCCAGGAAUGAUGCAUCAAGAAAGACCUAGACUAUUGCCGCCAAUGAAUUUCCCUCAACCUAUAGGUCAAGCUCCGCCAGUCACCGUUUUAGUACCAUAUCCAGUAAUACUACCAAUACCUCUACCAAUACCAGUUCCAAUCCCUUUGACUUCGUUCCUUCAAGCGCAUCAGCUCAACAAAGUAAAAACGGAAGUAAACAAUGACGAUACCGAAGGACCUUUAGACUUUACUAUAAAUAGCGAUAAGAAUAAAAAUGAAAAUAUUAGUAAUACGGAACAAGAUGCAGAAUCGAACACAGAGGCUCAAGAAAAAUCUGAUCAAAGUGAUCCAAAAAAAGAUAUCAAUGAAAGAUUGGACAGCGAUAAGUCCAGCGAAACGGCUGAAGUCAGUAAUCUGGAGCAAACAUUACCAAAAUUUAAAAUAACACGGUUAGGAAACAAAAUGGCUAAAAUAGUAGCGAAGACAAGGGAACCUUCAGAAUCGUCGCGACCCUUGAGGAAACGGCGGAGACUCGUCGAAGCUACCGAUGAAGAAUCACUCAUUCCUAAGACUAGGAAAAUCGUGCAAGUGUAAAUAAGAUUAAUACUGUAACAAUUAUUUAGUAAUAUAUUCUUCAUUCUUACAUAUCACAAAGCAUUAUAUUAUAUUGAACAGAGUUCAUUAUUCUUUCAACUUGCUAGUCCUAGAUGUAAGAACUGAUUCAUUAACCGAAUAUCUCAUUAAAAUAAUUAGCGAGCACUGUAAAUGUGAUAUUAGUAACAUUAUUCAAUGUCAAAUAAACAAUUACAAAUAUAAAAGA